AUGCCGCUCACAAGGCAGAGUCAGCGCGCGGUUAAGACAUGCACAGAAUGCGCGCGUCGGAAGAUUCGCUGCUCGAAAACAGUUCCCUGUACAGCUUGUGUUCGCAAGCGAAUGGAGGAGCACUGCCAUCGUGAACCUGUCCGUGUCAUGACCAAGUAUAUGCCCGUGGUGGAAACGGCGUCUGUUGAUGAUCAAGCUACCGAGACAUUCACCGGCAGAUCUGAGUCUGCGGACGCCGAGAGACCCGACAGCAGGAGAAUUCGAGUUAAUAUUAUUGAGAAUUCAACUGGCACUACACAAUCGGCACUCGCCUACUCUGACAGCGUUGCCACUUUGCAUGAUUCUGGGCAGAUAGAUGAAAAGGGUUUGAGCGUGGCUGCUCUGCCCAGCUCGAGGCUCACGAACGACAAAGCAGCCAGCCUCGAGUUUCUUGCUUAUGGUCGCCGCGGGACACUAAAUCACUUAGGUGGCCUAGAAGACUCCCGAUCGUGCUCCGGAUCACGAGACCAGGACAUUCAGGAGAUGAUCGGAGCAAGAUAUCACCCCCUUGUGGAAUGGGACCCAAUAUUUCCCCUUGAAGAAGCUCGUGCAUUACUUAACAUGCACGAGAAACACAUUGCCUGGAUGCAUAAUGUCGUUCAUAUGCCUAGCUUCAUUGAGCAAUUCGAUAUCAAUGCUGCUUCGGGGCUUGGUGAACAGCCCUGGCUCGCUCUAUACUAUGCAAUUCUGACAGCGAGUGCUCCUCAAGUAAACACGGUUCAAGGACUGUACGACAAGAGUAUCGACUAUCUUUACCUCUCGAACUUCAUAUCCAAGCAUAGCCUUGCCUCUGUUCAGGCCAUCUGCGUCCUUCUUCAGGUAGCACAUCAUUACGAUCAGUCAGAUACGAUUUGCGUUCUUUUGGCUGCCGCCAUCCGUAUCGCGCAAUGCUUGAACAUAAACAGGCUAGGUCUUGAUCCCAAAAUGAAUGCCCCUUCCACUAUUGGCAUGUCUAGUGUUGUCUCAUCUCUUAUCGAACGCGAGGUGAAGAAGCGUGUUUGGUGGUUCUUGGUUCGCCAAGACUGGCUUCAAAUACCUUUUCAGAACACGUGUUUGAUUCAUUUCACCCAAUUUAACACCCCCAUGCCUGUCAACUGUUUUGAGAAUGCAGAUGAGAUGAUUAGCGAUGGCAGGGUAGUUGCGCAACCGGAGAACGUAUUCACACAAACUAGCUUUACACAUGUGCUCAACCAAGUUGCCGUAAUCAUAUGGAAGCACCAAGAUCGCUUAUGUCAAGCGGGGUUUCCGGGAGACCUCGAGGACGGUCUGAUGAAACUCUAUGAUCAGACUACCUGGGCUGAUCAGGAACUAAAGAAGAUAUACUCCAGCUGCGCUUCUUUCCUUCAGUACUCCUCUUCUCUUUCGGGUCACAAAGCGCAUGAAGAUGCGCCUACAACCCCUUUGAGGCAUCUAGCCUGCAUCGCUCUUCUCUCCACGGCACACAAGAUAUUCACCGUACACCGUCACUUUCAGUUACGCAGCUUCCGCGACACUCGUUUUGCGUAUACGCAACUAUCCUGCAUGUCAUUGGCAGAGAGGAGCAUCCGAAUGAUUGAACAAUGGGAAAACUCCCUUGAAUUUGAGAUCGCGAAGAGAAUGUGGACCACCCCGACACAGAUAAUCACUUGCUGCAUUACUAUUUUAUAUGCAUUGAUGUUUCGGUUCAAGCACCCCCUCACGUACGACUACCAGGAUUUACGAGAAUGUGUCAACAUUGGCCGUGCAUUUAUCAGAGAGCUAGAGCCACGAAGUUCAAUCGCCCGCAGGGGUGCGAGGCUUUUGGAUGCCUUGAUCGGAUUCGAUCACACUUCUACUGACUCUCAAGAUAUUGAGCUGGAGAUUGGGGAUGUAAUACGGCGCGUUGCGAUCGCAGAAAACUCCGCUGAAAUUGGUAAUCAACUUUCUGCUGGAACUAACGAGCAACAGGAUGAACUUAAUAUUCUGGAACUAUGGGACGAAUUCAUUGGGGAAACUGACUUGAGAGUAUUUGAAGGUGUAUAUUAG